AUGAACAAUUCUAACAUGUCUGUCCCGGUAUGCGACCCGGGUCCAACGUACUUACUGUGGAGUUUACGCCUGGCUUAUCCAAUUAUAUGGUUACUUGGAACGUUUGGAAACGCCGUUGUUUGUUUGGCAAUUCUCAAACGUAAGCGACUACAGAACAGCUGUAACAUGUUCACCUUCAACUUAGCUUUCCAUGACCUUAUACUCGUCGCAGUAUACGUACCAACACAAAUGAUCGCAAUGGAAAACUGUCAUCACUGGACUCUAGGCAACGUUAUGUGCCAUCUUGUAUACAUAAUCCUUCCCUUGUCUUUGUCAGUGUCCGUUGGUACUUUAUUAGCAAUAACGGGGGACAGGUAUCGUGCUAUUGUAUUCCCAAUGAAAGCAAAACUUUCGCGCAAGCCUGUCUUCAUCGUCAUAGGAGUAAUAUGGGUGGUUUCGGCGCUGACAGCACUGCCGCUUGUGUUCGUAAUAAGCCUUGUUUCACCUCAGCCUGGAGUCUACUAUUGUCUUGAGGAAUGGCCAUCCGAUACUAUUUCAGGAGUCUACUGGCUAGCUAUGUUUUUUAUCCAGUAUCUUCUCCCAUUAUGCGCCAUUUCAGUUCUCGCAGGAAAAACGGCGUGUACAUUGAGGAAAACGUCACUAGAGGAUAAAAUGGAGACUUGUACGCGAAGCGAAAUGUUUAGGAAGACUUUACGGAAACGCGCUAAACAAACAAAACGUAUCACAAAGAUGUUAAUUGCUCUUGUUUUGCUUUAUGCCAUUUGUAUGCUGCCCCAGCAUGUGGUUCAUACUUUCUGGGCAAGAUACGGAGGUUUGUAUUUUAAGAGCUACAGAGAACAGGUCAUGAUCAUUGCCAACAUUUUCCCUAUAGCCAACAGCGCACUGAACGCAAUAGCAUACGGGACAUUGAACAAGGAAUUUAAGGCUGUCUUCAAAGGUUUGUUUGCUUGCGUUUGCUUCAAGAUGAAUUACCAAGGAGAAUUAUUCGGAAGAAAUACGGAUAACUCAGCGUCCAGGAGCGAGAUGUCAAUUAUGAAGAGUAAACGAGGGAACCCUUUAUUCCUCAAGGGAAGAAAUGGAAGAGAAACAAUGACGUCACCUCUCCCGAAUAUGAAACUGCAGGAGACACGGGAACAGGAAAUCCAGGAAGUAUCGUACAACCAGGGAAGAUACCGCCGGGGAUCGAGAAGGAAAAACCCCGACUCCGACUCCGAUAGAAAGCGACUUAUUUACGAAGUCGAGACGGUGCUGUAA